AUGUUCGAAAAAGUCGUGAUGAUCACUCUGUUUACGUUCAUCCUAGUUUUCGGUAUAAGUGGCAAUGCGACGAUUACGAUUGCUUAUUUAACGAAUAAGAAACUACGUAAACACUUCGUAGUUACGAUAAGUCUGGCGUUAUUUGGAACGUUUGGCUCGAUGUUCUAUUGCCUAAGCUUAUACUACUAUGUAAUUGGCGAAGAUAUGACUGGAUUUCUGUGCAAUCUGAAUGGAUUCGCACUUUCUACACUCUCAGUGGGCACAAUUCAUCUAUUGGCACUUCUCUCAUUUGAGCGCUACUUGGCGACCGUUCAUCCAUUUUCACUUCGAAGAUGCACCAUACAGCAUAAGCUGUUAGCCGUUGCAUUAACAAUUCUGUGCACACUAAUGACCACGUAUCCACCGUUGAUCGGCUGGAGUCAAUAUGUGAUCAUCGAUAAAGAAGGCGGAUACUGCACAUUCGACUACGUGAGUAAAGACUUGAAUUCGCGCACAUAUUUGCUGAUGCUUUUCAUGAGUGCUUAUGUGAUUCCAGCCGUUAUUAUCAUUGUUUGCUAUAUCAACAUUUAUCGUACGGCUGUUCUUUUGCCGUGCACCAAUGUCCGCAGCACUUCAACCGAUCAAACGCCGCAGUCGCGCAGUCGACUUUUUGAGCAGAGAGAUCGAAUGUUCCAAGGAAAUCUAACGCGCAUAGUGCUCGUAGCCGUUUUAACGUUUAUGGUCUCGUGGACUCCAUAUGCUAUCUUGGCUGUCGUCUGGCAAUUCGUGGCUAACGAAAUUCCAUCAAGGAAAUACAUUCUGACGAGUGUCUGCUUUGCUAAGUUAUCUGUGGUUUGGAAUCCGAUCAUCUAUGGACUGAACGAUCGACAAUUUCGGUUCACUGAUUCGAUGGUUCGUUUGCGAUCGAUGUCGGAACGAAGUGAGAAGCGAUCAGAGGAACACCAUAACACACCUGUCGACAGAAGAACUAAAUUAUAG